CAGACCAAGUUUCUGCUCCUGUCAGUAGAUGGCAGAAGUGUUCAGCUCUUCCACCUGUGAUGCUCCAGCAGGACGAGUGAAAUGAUCUCACUGUCCUCCCCAUCCCAUCCCCGCACCGCACCGCACCGCACUCCGGAUGUCCCGCACUUUUCCCCGCUGUAACUGAAGGACAGCGAGUGAGUCCGGUGACGCAACGAUGCGCGUGUGCUUAACGACAGUGUUUUAUUUCCAGCUGUUUCGUUCUGCGUUUCCUCUCCAGCGGGAUCUAAACGUGCUUCUGUCCUGUGCCGCCACGACUGGGGCUAUUUUAAGGCUGUGAAUAAGGUCAGUGCUCUGCAGUGAUGUACUUCAUUUGGGCUUCGUGGAGGUAACUACAUUUCUCCCUGCAUGUCUGCAGGACCGUGAUGGACGGACAGUAAUGACCCGGUGGCUUUCUGCACAGUGAGUAAAUGGAACAUGUUGGAAGAUAUUUUGCAUGUUUUUGAGACCUGACACCGUUUCUUCAUGACCUUAUUCCAGCUGCUCGUUUACUAAACUACCUCGGUGCGAGUCCUAUGACGUUUUUGUCCUGAGGGAUUUGUUAAGAAUGACGUGUGUGGAUGGUCCACUUUUGAUGAGUAAAUUUGAGGCAGUGUAGGUCGCUGCAGUGAUGUCAGACAACGCAGACGAUGCCCUGGUUCUCCUGGAGAUCCUCGAGGUUCUGGGCGCAUGCCGUGCACGUGUGUCAUACGCAGACGUGUGCGUGUAUCUGAGUGGACGUUAUGAGCUCCAACCGCUGUUGGAGCUGCGGAGUCUGCUGUACUCCACGGCAUGCCGUGAUCCGUGCUUCCCGGCCACUCUGUUCCGUGAACGUCUGCACCCUCCCUGCAGCAACCGUCUCUCUGCGGCCGCCGACGUCGUCUCGCUCUUCAACCUGCUCACACACACACGCCUGCCGCCCUCACACACUAAUUCCCUGACCUCCUGCUUCGCCUGCGUUCAAGAGCGUGUGCGCUGUGAUUGGCUGCACGCAGAGGGCGGAGUUAUAGCUCCAGGCUGUAAAUACGAGGACUCCACGGAGGCACUGAUCAGUCUGAACACCGGGGGGUCGCACGUCAACACUCCAGCACGCUUGCUCGCCCACACGCAUCAGCAGCACAACAUGCAGAGAGCACACUCUCUGGACAUUCCUUGUGGUUCCACCGGGAAUCAAGAGUCUACCGGAAAGAGUGAUCGAGAUGUGGAUCUUGUUCAAAGCUGCAUUCAGAAGAGGAGCAUCUUUAAGAAGGAGUUCCACAAACUGAUACCGUUUAUUCCCACAGACGGCAAUAAUCAGAUUCAGGAAGGAUCCAGAGAGGACAGUGAGGACGGACAGUUUAUCACCUGCAACAACCCUUAUCCUGAAUCAGCCCAGGAUGGGCAUACAGAAGAUGUUCAGAGGCAGUCUUCUGAAACAGAUACACCGCCCGAUGCACAGACUCCCUACCUCCAGAAGCAUAAAAGUCUAGACGACCUGCAGAGCUCCACUUACUUUGGGCCUACAGUCAUAGAAAGGACGUACCACCAAACCCCAGCCUUGACGGCCAAGAGCCACAGUCUGGACAUCGACAGUGGCCUUUCAGAACCGUCUGAGCAUGACAAACCUGGAUUGGACAGAUCAAAACCCCAGAGACCUAGAUCAGAAAAAUCUGCUUUAGACAAAUCUGGACUUACAAAACCUGGAUUUAAUAAACCCAGCUUCGAGGGCAGCAGUUUCGACAUCCCUGGGUUUGACCCGUUUAUCGUCCGAUCAGUUCGAGACACCCUGAAGCGGCUGAGUGGGCUAAGUUUGGAUGCCUGGUACGAUUGGUCACCUGACGCAGAGGGCGUGGUCAGCGUGGCCACUCAGACAGACCAGGGCGAUCGUCGUGCUCUGAGGAGCCUCCUGCUCAGUGAAAAGCUCUCGAUCGAUAACACGGACAUCGCAGAGGAUGACAUCAGUGCCAUCUUCCGCUUUUUGGAUGACAUUAGCAUGUGUGGCUCGAUGGCCGUCCUGCCUGGAGACGGAGGAGGACCUCAGGAAGGGGGCGGAGCAGGGUUGCCGGAGCGACGGGAGCGUUUAGGGAAGCUCAGACGCCUGUUUCACUCUCUCGAGGGACCAGAAGAAGGUGUGCGAUGGGGCGUUGGACGGCUCCUGCAGCGUGUCACCGAGCUGGAGCAGCGUCUGGAGCCGAUCUCGGAGCUGAGAGAGCAGCUGGCGCUCGUCCUCACCACACUGAACCGGCUGGAGCAAAGAGGGCAACUUGAGCACUCAAACUCCGACCCUGUCCAACAGCAGCCUCCGCCGCGGGCUCAGUCAGACGGGGGCCUGAGAGCCAGUUCGAGUUCUGAGGCGGCCGACGGAGCCGCGGCUAAACGCAGAGGUCUGUUCAUACGCAAUUCCAGGAGCCACACGGAGAGCAGCAGCUCUGAGCAGCAUCGCGAGUGGAGCGUCAGCUACAGCAAGGAGCAACACCUGCAUCCUUCACAUGCUGAGCUUCAUGGUGCACUUUGUAAGAAAGAGAACCAUCCAGUUCAGGAGAGAAAGAGUUCCAUUUUCAUUCCUGAAGUCCACAAGGUUCCUCAACGCAGCUCCACGCAGAAGGCUAACCUCCACCCAACGGACCGGCCGAAAGUUUCCUGGAGUCAGUCAGAGCUCACACCGCUGGACCUGCAGGCCCCUGAAUCUCUGGACUUCUGGAUGGAUGAGGUUUACACUCCGGUGUCGGACACACUCCUGCGCCGCUCGCAGUCUCUAACACGCUGCAGCCGGAUGCAGGGAUACCGCAUCACCGCCAUCAGCGUCACUGCCACCGUCAUCCUCAUCCUCAUCAUCGUCAUCCCUAUAUGCACUGCGUAAAAGCACACAUAAGCAGUAAUGUCUAAACAUACACACACACACACGCACGAGCACACACACACAUUUAACCUAACGCACUCUGUUAGUCUGGAUGGCAUUGUGUUUUAUUCACUUUAGUUUUUAAGCAAUGCAUGAACAGAAAUAAUCGAAUGACUCUGAGGAUUAAAUAAACAGUUUCCAAAACUGGGUGUGACUGCACAGCGUGGUGUUCCACACAGACUC